AUGGACUCGGACAUCUCACAAGCCUUCCAGAAAGAACUCACCUGCCUCAUCUGCAUUAACUACCUUAUAGACCCAGUCACCAUAGGCUGUGGGCACAGCUUUUGUAGGCCAUGUCUCUGCCUUUCCUGGGAAGAAGCCCAAAUCCCUUCCCCUUGCCCAAUGUGCAGGGAACCAUCACAGGCAACAGAUUUCAAAACCAAUAUUCUUCUGAAGAAUCUGGUGGCCAUUGCCAGAAAAGCCAGUCUCUGGCAAUUCCUGAGUUCCGAGGAACACAUGUGUGGGACCCACAAGCAGACAAAGAAGAUCUUCUGUGAAGAGGACAAGAACCUGCUGUGUGUGCUGUGCUCUCACUCUCAGGGGCACGAGGCUCACAGACACUGUUCCAUUGAAGAGGCUGCUGAGGAACACCGGGAGAAGCUCAUAAAGAAUAUGAGGACUUUAUGGAAAAAGAUUCAACAAAAUCAGAGAAAUCUAGUUGUGGAAAGCAGAAUAAUAAGCCAGUGGAUGUGCUAUGUGUAUCUACAGGCAGAGAUGACCAGGGGUGAGUAUAGAAAGCUGCAUCCAGUUUCCUGUGAGGAAGAAAAACAAUAUAUAGAGAAACUGAAAAAGGAACGCGAAGAGAUUUUACAAAAACUCAAGAGAUGUGAGGCCAAAAUGGCACAAAAGAGGAAACACCUAAAAGAAUUGUAUCAGGAACUGAUAGAAAUGUGCCAUAAACCAGAUGUGGAGCUGCUCCAGGACUUUGGAGACACAUUGACAAGGAGUGAGUCUGUGCAGCUGCCCCAGCUUGUGAAUCCAGAGCUCAGCGCGUGGUCCAUCACUGGACUGAUGGACAAGCUCAACUGCUUCCGAGUGGACAUUUCCUUCAGUAAUGAAAUAACCAAUCACAACAUCAGGCUGUUUGACAAUGUGAGAAGUCUGGUGUUUAGACAUGUCCAUCAAGAUGCGUCUUUGAAUUCUGACAGAUCUAACUAUUUUGCUGCAUGGGGAGCCCAGAGCUUCACCACUGGAAAACAUUACUGGGAGCUGGAUGUGAACGACUCUUGGGACUGGGCUCUAGGAGUCUGUAAGGAUUCUGGGAUAAGGGGGAAUAGCAAACUGAUUGGAUCUGGUGACAUGUUUCUUCUGUUAUGUGUGAAGGAGGGUAAUCAUUAUGGUCUCCUGACAACCUCCCCAAUAUUUCCUCACUACAUAGAGAAACCUCUGGGCAAGGUUGGUGUGUUCCUAGAUUUUGAGAGUGGAAGUGUGAGUUUUGUGAAUGUUGCCAAGAGUUCUCUCAUGUGGAAAUAUCCCACUGGCUCCUUCAAUUUCCCAGUCAGGCCUUUCUUUUGCACUGGGCACACAUGA